AUGGCGGAAGCUGUGCAGUCUCAAGAUCAACCAAUGGAGGAGGAGGUGGAGACCUUUGCCUUCCAGGCAGAGAUUGCUCAGUUGAUGUCUCUGAUGAUCAACACUUUCUAUUCCAAUCAGGAAAUCUUUCUGAGGGAGCUGAUUUCCAACUGAUCAGAGGCUCUGGACAAGAUAAGGUACGAGAGCUUGACAGACCCAAGCAAGCGGGAUUCUGGAAAAGACCUGAACAUUGACUUGGUUCCAAACAAGCACGAUCCCACUGUGGAUACAGGCAUAGGGAUGACCAAAGCUGACCUGGUCAACAACCUUGGUACUAUUGCCAAAUGUGGUACUAAGGCUUUGAUGGAAGCACUGCAGGCAGGAGCUGAUAUGUCCAUGAUUGGGCGGUUUGGUGUUGCUUUCUACUCGGCCUACUUGGUUGCAGAAAAAGUGCCAGUGAUCACCAAGCACAAUGAUGAUGAGCAGGACGCUUGGGAGAGGUCAGCUGGAGGAUCUUUCACUGCCAGACUUGAUAAUGGUGAACCUUUGGGCCCUGGAACAAAAGUCAUCCUGCAUCUGAAGGAAGAUCAGACUGAAUACCUGGAAGAGCGGCGAAUCAAGGAGAUUGUGAAGAAGCACUCUCAGUUCAUUGGCUACCCCAUCACACUC